UAAUCUGUAAAACAAUUUUUUUUAAUCGAGAAGACGCGGAAUUCAUACGAGACGCCGCUGUUUAAGUUUUUAGUCAAUCUAUUUACUUAGUUUCUCAUUUAGCGAAUUAAUUAUUGCUUAUUUGUUUCAAUGAAUAAUAGUAAAACAGUUGCGAGUAUUUAAGUUACAUUGUGUCCAUAAAGUUUCUUCUUACACGGCUGCUAAUUGAUAACACAAUUUCUAAAUCAGAUACAGUUAUGUCUUCUGAUUUUUAUAUACGGUACUAUGUAGGCCACAAAGGGAAAUUUGGACAUGAAUUUCUGGAAUUUGAAUUCCGACCUGAUGGUAAACUGCGUUACGCUAAUAAUUCAAACUACAAAAAUGAUACUAUGAUUCGUAAAGAAGCGUAUGCUCACCCAUGCGUAAUGGACGAGCUGAAAAGAAUAAUCGUAGAUUCUGAAAUUAUGCACGAAGACGAUCAUUUAUGGCCCCAACCAGAUCGUGUUGGGAGACAAGAACUUGAAAUAGUAAUUGGCGAGGAGCACAUUUCAUUCACUACAUCAAAGACUGGCUCAUUGGUGGAUGUCAAUCAAUCUCGUGAUCCGGAAGGGCUACGCUGCUUUUACUAUUUGGUACAAGACCUCAAAUGCCUAGUAUUUUCUCUCAUUGGUCUUCAUUUUAAGAUAAAGCCAAUAUAAAUUAAGUCUACCAUUAUAAUAAAAUACACUAAUUUUCCAAUAUUC